UCUGUGUUAUGGAUCAUUUGUACAACGCCAUCUGCAAAUGUCCACCGACGACUGCAUGGAAUGAAACAACACAAAGAUGUGAUAUUUUAAACGAAAACAUACUCAUGAUGCAGAAUUUACCAGUUAUUAAGAAAAAAUACAUUCAAGAAGAUGGUUCCUUGGAUAAAGUGAUGCUGAAUGUUGACAUCGUAAAUGCGAUGAACACAGUGUAUCCAAAGAAAAUCCUGGAUUACGCUUACUUGUUGAACUACACGGAAUCCUCGCAUGUUGUAAAGUGCAAUGUGAUUGCUCAAUUUAGCGGCCCGACGAAGUAUGAUGCUAAACGUUACACUUUCUAUGCAGAUCUUCAACUAAAUUGCAGUGACUGCUCAAUGUAUCUGCUACCCCCAAUACUUCUGGAUAAGCAGUCUUUCAAGGACAGUAAUACUUUAUAA